AUGUCGCACGUCCUCGGUUUGUCAGUGGGCGUUGAUCGUUUGUGCAGGGGUAUCUAUGGGCGCAAGUUCCCUCCGUCCGCUAUCCCAGUACAGGACAUCACGCACAUCCUGUACGCUUUCGCCGACAUCAAGUCAGACGGCGCCGUAGCAUUGUCCGAUCCGUGGGCGGACGAGCAGAUCCAUUACCCCGGGGAUUCAUGGAAUGACCAGGGGAACAACCUUUACGGGAACUUUAAGGCAAUCUACAACCUGAAGAAAGCUCACCGGCACUUGAAACUUAUCUUGUCCAUUGGCGGAUGGACAUACUCGCCCAAGAUACACCCCGUGGUGGUGUCGCCGGAGCUGAGACGCAGGUUUGUGGAGACAUCGGUGAGGUUGGUGGAAGAUUAUGGCCUGGAUGGUUUGGAUGUGGAUUAUGAAUAUCCUGGUAAUGCGGAGCAAGCCAGAGGGUACGUAGAGUUGCUUAAGGAAUUGAGGCAUGGAUUGGACGAGCAUCAGCGGAAGAAAGGAAUAAGCUACCGGUUCCUAUUAACCAUUGCAUCACCUUGUGGCCCCGAUAACUACAAGAAGCUCCUUAUGAAUGAAAUGGAUCGAUACCUAGACUUCUGGAAUCUCAUGGCUUAUGAUUACUCUGGCUCAUGGGACCAGAUUGCAAACCAUCAAGCCAACGUCUUUGGCGGCCCGAUCAGCACAUCGGAGGCUGUUAAAUACUACGUCUCACAAGGUGUCCCUCGCCACAAGCUUGUCAUUGGUUUACCUCUCUACGGGCGUUCAUUCAUGAAUACCAAUGGUCCCGGCCACCCGUUCUCCGGAAUUGGCCCAGGGACUUGGGAGCAAGGCGUAUACGAUUAUCGCGCUUUACCGCUGCCAGGGGCUCAUAUGUUCCGAGACGAGAGGGCACUCGCAAGCUGGUCCUACGAUUAUAGCAAGAAGGAGAUGGUGAGCUUCGACUCGGAGGAGGUGGGGAAAUGGAAGGCCGAGUGGAUACGGCGGGAAGGCCUGGGUGGGGCGAUGUAUUGGGAGCUCAGUGGUGAUAAGGGAGGGAUGAGGGUGGGGAUGGAGGGUGGACCUGGGAAGGAUCCCCAGCCAGGAGGGAGCUUGGUGACGGCGGUGAACCGGGUAUUUGGAAAGCUGGACGGGAGUGAGAAUUGGUUGGAGUAUGAGGGUAGCAAGUUCGACAACCUGCGCAAUGGUAUGGCUUGA